AUGUUUUCGAAUUUAUCUAAACGUUGGGCUCAAAGGACCCUUUCAAAAGGGUUCUACUCUACUGCGACAAAUGCUGCUACUAAACCAGGAAAGUUUACUCAAAAACUGAUUACAGCCGGUGUUGCUGCCGCCGGUAUCACUGCAUCGACGUUGCUCUAUGCAGACUCUUUAACUGCCGAAGCUAUGACUGCAGCUGAACAUGGGUUGCACGCCCCAGCAUAUGCUUGGUCCCACAACGGUCCCUUCGAAACAUUUGAUCAUGCAUCCAUUAGAAGAGGUUACCAAGUUUACCGUGAAGUUUGUGCCGCGUGCCAUUCUCUUGACAGAGUGGCUUGGAGAACUUUGGUUGGUGUUUCUCACACCAACGAAGAGGUUCGUAAUAUGGCUGAAGAAUUCGAAUACGACGAUGAACCUGAUGAGCAAGGUAACCCUAAAAAGAGGCCAGGUAAAUUGUCUGACUACAUCCCCGGUCCAUAUCCGAACGAGCAGGCCGCAAGAGCCGCCAACCAAGGCGCUUUGCCACCAGAUCUCUCUUUGAUUGUCAAAGCCAGACACGGUGCUUGUGAUUACAUUUUCUCGUUGUUGACUGGUUAUCCUGAUGAUCCUCCCGCUGGUGUCGUCUUACCACCGGGCUCUAACUAUAAUCCUUACUUCCCAGGUGGUUCUAUUGCUAUGGCAAGAGUAUUGUUCGAUGACAUGGUCGAAUAUGAAGAUGGUACUCCUGCAACAACUUCUCAAAUGGCAAAGGAUGUUACCACUUUCUUAAACUGGUGUGCUGAACCCGAACACGACGAGAGAAAGAGACUAGGUUUGAAAACGGUAAUAAUUUUAUCCUCUUUGUACUUGUUAUCCAUCUGGGUGAAGAAGUUCAAAUGGGCCGGUAUCAAGAACAGAAAAUUCGUUUUCAACCCACCCAAGCCAAGAAAGUAG